AUUAGAAAGAAAUAAAUGUCAACCAGUCAAAUCAAAAACCUUAUCUCAGCUCCAAUUGAUGCCAAUGAAGAAAGAUCCGAGAAGCUUCUCUUAUCAGAUAAGCAGAUUAACUCAACAUUAGAGAAUGACUCUUUCUUUGACGAUGAAGACCUCAUUGUUGACGAUGAAUGUAUCAAGAAACAUUCAAUCUGUACUUCAACCUUCAACUCUUCAUCAAAGUUGAUUAACGAGAAAGGAAAGUUUAAAGCACUCUAUGGUGGCGUUAAUCCUCUUUGUCCAGAGUCCAAAGAGAUUAAAACACCUCCAAAGGCAUUGCUAAAUAACUCUGAGCCACUCAUUGCUUUCAGAAGGAAAAAUCUUUACGAAAGAAGUGAUUGUGACUCUGAACAAAGUCAGGCUGACUUCAGUGAUAUCUACAGCUUAAGCAACUCCUCUGAUGGUGAAAGCUUAAGUCUUGGUACUUUCAGAAGUCAGCUGAUCUCUGAAAAUUAA